CAACAAAAUUGGCGUUUUUAUAUGGCGCUUAAAUUUUCUGCAGCUUAAACAAAAUGUUAAAACAAAAGCUGGAAAAACGAAAGAUGCAGCAACAAGCAGUUGCAAUUGACGACAACAAGCCAAAGACAACAACAACAACGCCGCUGCCUGGAACGAGCAGUUCCGCAUUUUUCUCUCAACCGUUUUGGCUGCGCUUCUACGAAAUUGAGUGCGACUUAAACGAACAAUUGGCGACCCUUGAACUCCCUAUAACUAUUAAAUGUGCUUACAAUCCAGUGCAAUAUGCAGCAUCGUUGCAUUGCGCCUACUUGCGGCGGUAUUUAAAUGGACGAAAGAAGCUCAUUUUUAUUGGAAUGAAUCCGGGUCCAAAUGGCAUGGGACAGACAGGCGUUCCCUUUGGCAACGUACGCACAGUGCGCGACAAAAUGCAGCUGACAGGUGAAGUGCUGCAGCCAACUGUAUUGCAUCACAAACGACCCGUUGAGGGACUCAACUGCAAAACUGAGGAACCAAGCGGUGUUCGUUUGUGGGAGCUAUUUGAGCGUUUGUCAGGCAAUAGUAUCGAUACCUUUGCACAGCAAUGCUUUGUUUACAACUUUUGUCCGCUGGCAUUCUUCGAUGAAGCGGGUCAUAAUAUUACACCGAGCGAAUUGAAGGGUGAAUUCAAACGGCAGAUACGGGAUAUAUGCUUGGCUGCAUUGGAUAAGUUGCUUAAUCUGGUACAGCCAGAGAUUGUGGUAGCUGUGGGUAGUUAUGUGUAUACCACUUUAGGUAAGUCGUCGUUUUGUAAGUCAGUGCUACUUAUCGGUUUACCACAUCCAAGCCCGCGCGCACUUAACAACACAAAUUGGGCUGAGAAAUCCACCGCUUUUUUGCAACAACACAAUUUAAUUAAAAUUAUGCGCAAUGAGGUAUAAGCAAUAAAAUAAAAGUACAAUUUAUGUA